GGCAUGCUGAUCGCGAUGCUGGCGACCUGGGUGAGGGAAGGAUCCCCGAUAUACGCCAGCAUGGAGCCGGGACAGACCAUUGCGUAGGUGAUCACGCGACCUCCUGGCAAGCAACGCGAUACUAACCCGUGGCCAUCCAGGUACAUUUCCGAUGUCGGUGCGCAGGGAUUGAAGCCGCUGUUCAUCGCGGGCAGCUGCGUGACGGUCGUCUUCCUGGAUCUUUCGUUUCUGUCGGAACGGUGGUUGCGCCACGCGGGCCAGUUGGUGUCGAAUAAGGGACGGUUCGACAAGGCGUGCGCCAUUGCCUCGAUCUGCUUCUCGAUCGCGGGCGCGUUGGGUCUGAUCCUGCUGUCGAUCUUCGAUACCCUUCGCUACCCGCAUCUUCAUGAUGGCUUCCUGGCCAUGUUCUUGGCUGGAUACUUGAUCAGUGCCAUUCUCAUCUGCUGCGAAUACUGGCGCCUGGGGAUCUUUUACCGCUCCCAACAUCGGGUCCUGCUGGCCAGCUUUGUAAUCAAGCUCUCGUUCGUGAUCAUCGAGAUCGCGCUCGCCAUCGCCUUUGGUGUUCUCGGCAAAAAGGGCGGCCAUUAUCGAAAUGACGCGGCCGUCCUAGAAUGGGUGAUCGCACUCAUCUUCACCUUCUAUGUUCUCUCGUUCGUGAUCGACCUGCUGCCAUCGGUGCGCACCCGCAAGCAUGUCCCACAAGGCGAGAAGCGCCUGGAGAUGUCCCGCGCCGAACAGACCGCGGCCUAUCCCAAUGGGCAUGCGACUUACGAGGAGCCCGUAACGACGGACUCGGCCGGUCCAGCCGCCAACUUCUACCGCGGGCAGCGCGUGUAAGAGCCAACGGCUCGAUGUCGCGAGUGGUGGACGAUUUCCUUCGUGUAGAAGGAGUCCAUAGAAGGUGCAAUGUGGUUGGAUACGAUAAUACUUAUAUGAUACCUAGAUACCCGGGUGGUUCCCUGCUGGUUGGAUGUGUUGAUGGAUAUCACUUCCUUACUAUUUACUUGCUCUUUUUUUUUUUUUU